GGACAUGAACCAGCGGGGCCCGGCGACCCCCCGGCGCGCCGCACAGCCCCAGCAGCAGGAGGCAGUAGGUGAGGGGCUAGCGGCGCGCACGCCCCCGCCAGCGGCCUCGGCGCGGACCGCUGCCCCAGGCUGUUAGCGGCGGCCCCAGGAGCCGCCCCCCAGCUGCCGCCAUGUCCGACGACUCGGACUCCAUCUCGGAGGAAGAGCGCAGUUUGUUCCGUCCGUUCACGAGGGAGUCGCUGGCCGCCAUCGAGGCGCGCAUCGCCGAGGAGAAUGCCAAGCUCAAGGAGCUCGAGAAGAAGAGGGAGGGCGAGGGAUAUAUGGGACGAAGGAAAAAGAAAAAUGAAGUCCGGUACGAAGACGACGACGAGGACGAGGGGCCUCAGCCCGACCCCACGCUGGAGCAAGGGGCGCCUCUCCCCGUCCGCCUGCAGGGCGGCUUCCCUCCGGAGCUGUCGUCCGUUCCUCUCGAGGACAUCGACGGCUACUACCACAACCAGAGGACCUUCGUGGUGGUGAGCAAGGGGAAGGACAUUUUCCGAUUCAGCGCGACCGACGCCAUGUGGAUACUGGACCCUUUCAACCCGAUCCGUCGCGUCGCGAUAUACAUCCUGGUCCACCCCCUGUUCUCCCUGUUCAUCAUCACGACCAUUCUGACCAACUGCAUCUUCAUGAUCAUGGACCCCACCCCCACCAUCGAGUCCACGGAAGUAAUUUUUACCGGCAUCUACACGUUUGAGUCGGCUGUAAAGGUGAUGGCAAGGGGGUUCAUACUACAGCCGUUCACUUACCUUAGAGAUGCAUGGAACUGGUUGGACUUCGUAGUGAUAGCUUUAGCUUACGUGACCAUGGGGAUAGACCUGGGGAACCUGGCUGCUCUGAGGACGUUCAGGGUACUCCGAGCGCUGAAGACUGUCGCCAUCGUGCCAGGUCUGAAGACCAUCGUCGGCGCCGUGAUCGAGUCGGUGAAGAACCUGCGCGACGUGAUCAUCCUCACGGUGUUCUCGCUGUCCGUGUUCGCACUCAUGGGGCUUCAGAUCUACAUGGGCGUGCUGACGCAGAAGUGCAUCAAGAACUUCCCCACGGACGGAUCGUGGGGGAACCUCACCGCCGAGAACUGGGAGGCGUUCGUCAGCAACGAGACUAACUGGUACAAAGUGGAAGGUGAUAACGACUACAAGCUGUGCGGAAACUCAUCUGGUGCUGGCCAGUGCAAGCCUGGCUUCACGUGUCUUCAAGGCUACGGGGGCAACCCCGACUACGGGUACACGAGCUUCGACACGUUCGGCUGGGCGCUGCUGUCGGCCUUCAGACUGAUGACGCAAGACUACUGGGAGAACCUCUACCAGCAGGUUCUGAGGUCGGCCGGUCCGUGGCACAUGCUGUUCUUCAUCGUGAUCAUCUUCCUCGGAUCGUUCUACCUGGUGAACUUGAUCCUCGCCAUCGUCGCCAUGUCGUACGACGAGCUGCAGAAGAAGGCCGAAGAGGAGGAAGCUGCUGAAGAGGAAGCUCUAAGGGAGGCGGAGGAGGCGGCGCAGGCGCGCGAGAACAAGCUGGCGGCGCGCGAGGAGCGUGCGGCGGCGGCGGCUGCGGCGGCGGCGCGCGGGGAGGACCGCGACGACCCGGGAGGCGGCGGCGGCGGCGGUGGCGGCGUGGCGCAGUCGCCGUCCGACUUCUCGUGCCACAGCUACGAGCUGUUCGUGGGCCAGGAGAAGGGCAACGACGACAACAACAAGGAGAAGAUGAGCAUCCGCAGCGAGGGCGGCGACUCGGUCAGCGAGCACCGCAGCCGCAUGGGCAACGGCAAGGUCCGCAAAGUGAGCGCGGUACGAAGUCAGUACAGAGAACCCAUAACCACCCCAAAAAGCCAGUUUAAUUUUGCUUACCAGGACAGUCUCAUGAAGACGAGCCUCAGCCUGCCGGGUUCGCCGUUCAACCUGCGGCGCGGGUCGCGCGGCAGCCACCAGUUCACGCUGCGCAACGGCCGCGGCCGGUUCGUGGGCACCCCUGGCGGAGACCGCAAGCCGCUCGUGCUCUCCACCUACCUCGACGCUCAGUGUGCGCAGGAGCACCUGCCGUACGCGGACGACUCGAACGCCGUGACGCCCAUGUCGGAGGAGAACGGCGCCAUCGUGGUGCCGGCGUACUACGCCAGCCUGGGCUCGCGGCACUCGAGCUACACGUCGCACGCGUCGCGCGUGUCGUACACGUCGCACGGCGACCUGCUGGGCGCGCCGCCGCUCACCAAGGAGAGCCAGCUGCGCAGCCGCAGCGCCCGGUCUGGCGGCAACCCGGCCGCGGGGGCCGACGGCGCGCACAAGCACCUGGACGGGUCCGUCGACAGCGAAGACGGCAUGAUGAAAGGCAAGCAGCAGAACAACCCGUUCAUCGAGCCCACCAUGCCGCAGACGGUCGUCGACAUGAAAGAUGUAAUGGUUCUAAAUGACAUCAUAGAACAAGCGGCGGGGAGGCAGAGCAGAGCGAGUGAGCCAGGAGUGUCGGUGUACCACUUCCCGGCAGACGAGGAGGACGACGAGCGGACCUUCAAGGACAAGGCGCUGGAGAUCUGCAUGCGCGGCAUCGACAUCUUCUGCGUGUGGGACUGCUGCUGGCCGUGGCUCAAGUUCCAGGAGUUCGUCUCGCUCAUCGUGUUCGACCCGUUCGUCGAGCUGUUCAUCACGCUGUGCAUCGUCGUCAACACGCUGUUCAUGGCGCUCGACCACCACGAGAUGAACAAGGACAUGGACAAGGCGCUCAAGAGCGGCAACUACUUCUUCACCGCCACGUUCGCGAUAGAGGCGACCAUGAAGCUGAUCGCGAUGAGCCCCAAGUACUACUUCCAGGAGGGCUGGAACAUAUUCGACUUCAUCAUCGUGGCGCUGUCGCUGCUGGAACUGGGGCUGGAGGGAGUGCAAGGGCUGUCGGUGCUGCGGUCCUUCAGGCUGCUCCGAGUGUUCAAGCUGGCCAAGUCGUGGCCCACGCUCAACCUGCUCAUCUCCAUCAUGGGCCGAACCGUCGGUGCGCUCGGCAACCUGACCUUCGUGCUGUGCAUCAUCAUCUUCAUCUUCGCCGUCAUGGGCAUGCAGCUGUUCGGCAAGAACUACAAAGACAACGUGGACCGCUUCCCCGACGGCGACAUGCCUCGCUGGAACUUCACCGACUUCAUGCACUCCUUCAUGAUCGUGUUCCGCGUGCUGUGCGGCGAGUGGAUAGAGUCCAUGUGGGACUGCAUGCUGGUGGGCGACUGGUCGUGCAUUCCCUUCUUCCUCGCGACCGUCGUCAUCGGCAACCUGGUGGUUCUGAACCUUUUCUUGGCCUUGCUACUGAGCAACUUUGGCUCGUCCAACCUAUCAGCGCCCACCGCUGACAACGAGACCAACAAGAUAGCGGAAGCUUUCGAGCGCUUUGCGCGCGCACACAACUGGGUCAAGCGCAAUUUACUGCACCUGGCCAAAAUGUUGCGCUCCAAACUGACCAAUCAGAUAUCUGAUCAGACGCCAGACGCCCAUGAGCGAGGCACAGACCUGGAUCUGACAGCAGACGAGAUCCUGGCUGACGGCAUGGUGUACCGCGACAAGAAGAGUCCCAAAGACCAGACACAGCUGGAAGUCGCCAUCGGGGACGGAAUGGAGUUCACCAUACACGGAGACCUGAAAAACAAGCUGAAGAAGGGAAAGCCCAUGAUGAACAACACCAAAAUGAUUGGCAAUUCCAUUCAAGGAAAUCAUCAAGAUAAUAGGAUAGAGGACGACUUUUUGAGAAACCAUGCUGACGAAGAUGCGCUAAGCAACAAGUCGUAUGGCAGUCACAAAAACCGACCAUUUAAAGAUGAAAGUCACAAAGGAAGCAUAGAGACUAUGGACGGAGAAGAGAAGAAAGAUGCGAGCAAAGAAGACCUCGAUCAGGAAGACCCGGAGGAGCCGGGCGACGACGAGGCCCCCGCCGACGACGACCUGGCGCUGGAGGCGGCCACGGAGGACGCGCUGCUCGCGGACUACCCGGCCGAGUGCUGCCCGGACAACUGCUACAAGCGCUUCCCCUUCCUGGCCGGCGACGACGACUCGCCCUUCUGGCAGGGCUGGGCGCACCUGCGCCUCAAGACCUUCCAGCUCAUCGAGAACAAGUACUUCGAGACGGCCGUCAUCACCAUGAUCCUGCUCAGCAGCCUGGCGCUGGCCUUGGAGGACGUUCACUUGCAGCAGAGACCUAUUCUCCAGGACACCCUGUACUACAUGGAUAAGAUAUUCACUGUGAUAUUCUUCCUGGAAAUGUUGAUCAAGUGGCUGGCCCUUGGCUUCAAGAAGUACUUCACUAACGCGUGGUGCUGGCUCGACUUCGUCAUCGUCAUGCUGUCGUUGAUAAACCUCGUGGCCACGUGGGCUGGCGCCGCAGAUAUCCCUGCGUUCCGCUCCAUGCGCACCCUGCGAGCGCUCCGCCCCUUGCGCGCCGUGUCCCGCUGGGAGGGCAUGAGAGUUGUGGUAAAUGCUUUAGUGCAAGCCAUACCCAGUAUCUUCAAUGUGCUAUUGGUGUGCCUCAUAUUUUGGCUCAUCUUUGCCAUCAUGGGUGUUCAGUUGUUCGCUGGAAAAUACUACAAGUGCGUGGACAUGAACCUCACCACCCUGAGCCACGAGAUCAUCCCCGACAAGAACGCCUGCAUCGCGGAGAACUACACGUGGCUCAACUCGGCCAUGAACUUCGACCACGUGGGCAAGGCCUACCUGUGCCUCUUCCAGGUCGCCACGUUCAAGGGCUGGAUCCAGAUCAUGAACGACGCCAUCGACUCCAGAGAGGUGGGAAAACAACCAAUUCGGGAAACAAACAUCUACAUGUACCUCUACUUUGUGUUCUUCAUCAUUUUUGGAUCAUUCUUCACGCUCAACCUGUUCAUUGGAGUGAUCAUCGACAACUUCAACGAGCAGAAAAAAAAGGCGGGGGGCUCGCUCGAGAUGUUCAUGACUGAAGACCAGAAGAAGUACUACAACGCUAUGAAGAAGAUGGGAUCCAAGAAGCCGCUGAAAGCCAUUCCGCGUCCAAGGUGGAGGCCGCAAGCCAUCGUUUUCGAGAUCGUGACGGACAAGAAGUUCGACAUGAUCAUCAUGCUGUUCAUCGGCCUGAACAUGCUGACGAUGACCCUGGACCACUACCAGCAGUCGGAGGCCUUCAGCAAUGUGCUCGACUACCUCAACAUGAUCUUCAUCGUGAUCUUCAGCUCCGAGUGUCUCAUGAAGAUCUUCGCCCUGCGAUACCACUACUUCAAGGAGCCGUGGAACUUGUUUGAUUUCGUAGUUGUCAUCCUGUCCAUAUUGGGUCUGGUGCUCAGCGACAUUAUCGAAAAGUACUUUGUGUCGCCGACGCUGCUGAGGGUGGUGCGAGUGGCCAAGGUGGGGCGAGUGCUGCGCCUGGUGAAGGGCGCCAAGGGCAUCCGCACGCUGCUGUUCGCGCUCGCCAUGUCGCUGCCGGCGCUCUUCAACAUCUGCCUGCUGCUCUUCCUCGUCAUGUUCAUCUUCGCCAUCUUCGGGAUGAGCUUCUUCAUGAACGUCAAGGACAAGAGCGGCCUGGACGACGUGUACAACUUCAAGACCUUCGGCCAGUCCAUGAUACUGCUCUUCCAGAUGUCGACGUCGGCGGGCUGGGACGGCGUGCUGGACGGCAUCAUCAACGAGGAGGACUGCCAGAAGCCCAACAACGAGCUGGGCUACUCGGGCAACUGCGGCUCGGCCACCAUCGGCAUCGCCUUCCUGCUCGCCUACCUGGUCAUCAGCUUCCUCAUCGUCAUCAACAUGUACAUCGCCGUCAUCCUGGAGAACUACUCGCAGGCCACCGAGGACGUGCAGGAGGGCCUCACCGACGACGACUACGACAUGUACUACGAGAUCUGGCAGAACUUCGACCCGGACGGCACGCAGUACAUCCGCUACGACCAGCUGUCCGACUUCCUGGACGUGCUGGAGCCGCCCUUGCAGAUCCACAAGCCCAACAAGUACAAGAUCGUGUCCAUGGACAUCCCGAUCUGCAAGGGCGACAUGAUGUUCUGCGUGGACAUCCUGGACGCGCUGACCAAGGACUUCUUCGCGCGCAAGGGCAACCCCAUCGAGGAGACGGCGGAGCUGGGCGAGGUGCAGGCGCGGCCGGACGAGGUGGGCUACGAGCCGGUGUCGUCGACCUUGUGGCGGCAGCGGGAGGAGUACUGCGCGCGGCUCAUCCAGAACGCGUGGCGCAAGCACAAGAGGCAGCGCCUCGGCGGCGAGAGCUCCGACGAAGGUCCGGAGGACGGGCAGGCGGACGCGCGCGACCGCCGCCAGACCGCCGUGCUCGUGGAGAGCGACGGCUUCGUCACGAAGAACGGCCACCGGGUGGUCAUCCACUCGCGGUCGCCCAGCGUCACGUCCAGGUCGACGGACGUCUGAGCCGGGCCGCGUCCCCCCCUCCCGUUCACGCGCGCCGCGCGCUUCGACUGAAGCGCCACAAUGCGGCCCGCCGACAUCUUCCCCCGGGGACUUGUUUCGUUUCCUUUUUCUUUUCGUUCAGACUCCUCGUUUUACCCGCGGGGCGCCGGCCCCGCGCGAUCAAAAAACACCCGAAAAACCACAAAAACCCGUCGAAUCUCCAGGGAAAGUAACGAGCGAAACACCGAAAGGUUUACGGACGACGACAAUAUCCAGGGGCGUGUGAUGGUGAACUGCUUUACGGAGACCGCUCGUUCCUCUCUGGCUGGGACUCGCUGGACCGCGAAGGAUUCACUCCUGGACUCCGGGAUGUUCUUCUUCCCCCCCUCGUCAGUUUAGCAACAAACUGUCACGUGAACGCACGUUUUCCGCGGGCUCCAGGACGCCAAUUCUUCCGGUCGCGAAGCUAAGAAAUUUCCCCGGAAAAAUUUUUUUUUGGGUGCUGGAAACAUUUCAAUGCUUGGGGAAUUUCACGGACCAGAGAACGAGAAAACAAACAAGGAAAAAAAAAUAAUGGAGUAGGAUAAUUGUUGGGCUUACGCUAGCAUUCUAAUUUGUGGCUAAGAUAUUUUCUUGGAAUAAGAGAAAAGGAAUGGUUAAUAAUUUUAACUUGAGCUUCAUAUGCUUAUUUCAGUCUGCUGUGUUUCCUUGUUACCUACUUAAGAUCUGCGUGUGAUAAAUAUAUAUUUUUUAAAUCAACUUUUUAAGUCCAAAUCCACGGUGGGAGCAUACAUUCAGGAGGGGAGGGACGAAGAUGUCCACGCAAUCAGCAUAGCCUGCAAAUGCUUGUUACGUUUUUCUAUUGUGUGAGAGAACUUCACGUGCACACGUUCAUUCUCUAUGAACACUGGUCUGAAAAUGUGCUUCGUUUUUUGCAAAAGAACUUGACGUGUAAAAAGGACAAAUUUUAAAUUGCCCGAUUUGUUCCGAAUCUUUUGCCAGUGCUACUUAUUUCCCUUGUAUCAUAAUGAGAAGUAAUAAGAUUAAGCUUAGAUUAAGAGGAGUAAGUGGACUCACACCGCUAUCACGUUACUUAUUUUUGUAAUUCGUUGUUGUCUACGUAUAAUUUUUUUUUCGCUGAGGUAAUCGUUGAGAUACACAUACACACAAAAUAUUAAGAAUGAUAAGUAAUGCUUUGACGAUAGUCACAGCUUGUCUUGUACGAAGUAGAAUUAGAUUUUAAAAUUGUGAUUGCAGUCCGUAGACCGUGCUCGAAGUGUGCAUGUUUUUUGUGUGGUUUAAAAAAAAAUAAGAAAACCGGAUUAAAAAAUAAGCCCUCUGUUGUUAAUUAUCAUGUGGUUUUAUAUAUACUAAAUAUUUAUUCAACUCUUUGCCAGCUAUAGAUGUGAUCCUUCUGUCUACAUUCAUCUUUUUUAUAAUUUGAACUAUUUCUUUCUCUACUGUUACGUUUACUUGAUGUAUCAUUUAUUUUUACUUUUUCCAUAUGAAAUAACUACCACAUAUUCACAACACAAGUAUAUUGGUCAGAAAACGUUUAGUUUAUAACAUGUAUAAUUUUUGAUAAAUAUGUCCAAUUUUUUUAAGUCCAUCUUUUGGAUUAACUUUUUAUCUUAGCCAUGUUUUGUUUUGGAAAAAUUAAUCAAACAUUGGUUUUUGAUAACGAUAUUUGUUUAUGAAUAUUUUCUUGAUUCUCGAAGGAAAAAAAAUGAGUUUGCAGUGAUGUAAUAAAUGCAACACGACUUGUUUAAUUUUGGCGUUUGAAUGGUGCAUCAGAAAGUAAAUGUUUCCUGUAAUUUAUAAUAUAAAUGAUAAGCAUUUCUUCACGUGUAUUAUGAAAUGAUCAAAAAUUUGAUACCAUGUUUCCUUAAUUUAUGAGGAAACUACAACUGAAAUCCGUGCAAUCCAGCUUUAAAAAAUUGUCAGUAAUGCAAACGCUUCCACUUUGUUGCUGAUUUUAAUUACGGUAGAUUAAGAUUUGUGUGUUAUAAGUCAUAAGUGCGCCAGACAGGCACCAUCAAACUCACGAAGGUGAAGGUUCUAGAAAUAUCGUACACAUUUAACAGCAAUAAUUAACACAGAACAUUUCGCAAAAGCAUGUCUUGGUUGUAUGUCUGGAAUAGUGUAAAAGGUCGCCAUAAUUUGUAACUUUAAAAGGCCCAGUAUAUUUUUCUUUUUGGAACAGUAUUAAUUAAUCAUCUAAGUUAGUUGAGUCAUAAAACCCAAAUAUGAAGAAUUGUUGACAAUAACCAGUAUUGUGUAUUUUUAGGCGGAUAAACGAAGACAUUUCUUGAUUUUUUUGGUGGAAUAACUGCUUGCAGAUCAUAAAAAUUUCUCAUUGAACUAUUCCUUCCCCUAAAAUGAGAAAUUUUAAUGUUCAAUUAAGGAAAGUGUUUUUAGGGCCAAUUUGAUUAAUUUAUUAGCAAGACACAUCAACUGCAGUGUAAUGAUAAUGUUUUUGUUUUAGGUAAUACACAUUUUAGUUGUUAUUUUGUGUUACCGUUGGUGAUAGCUAAGAGGCAAGACAGAAACAAAAACUUGUGAUAAUGGUCAAGCUGAGUGAAACAUAAAUUAAAUAUUACACUCUGUGGAGUCGUUUGUGUAAAACAUGUUGAAAAUAAAUAUAAGCGAAUGGAAGCAUAACAAAAUAAUAGGUUAUGAUGUUAAUUAUACUAAAGAUUAAUACGAUAUUAAAAAAAACUAAAAACUUUCUUAUCCUAAAGCUAUUGCUGCAGUAUGCGUGGAAUCAUCUGUAAGCUUUUAUUAAUUCACUCACAAAAACCGAAGCACUCAUCAGUCAAAUCACUUUGUGCUUUUAAGGUAUCGGCAGCUCUGUCUUUUUUCGACUUUGUCAUGUUCAUACAUAAUAGAUAUAUAAAUAUUUAUCACGCAUAUAUAUAAUUAUUAACUGAGAGAAUUACGAAUGUUGAAGCUGUUUCAAAGUAACAUAUGCUUUGCACCGUGAAAUGUGUGUAGUAAAUGAAGCGUUCAGCACUUAUUUUGUUUGAAGAUUAGUGACGCUAAACACUUUGUUGGUGACAUUCUUCUAUAAAUAUGUGUUUUAAAAAGCUAUGAAGCGUUUUAUACUUUUGUUUUUAAAUAAACCCUUUGGCUGCUGAGACAAUGUUUAAAACGUGUGAAGAUUAUUUUUUAUAUUGGUGUUUGUAAUAUUAUCCUUUAGAAAUUUUUUUAACAAAUUGUACAGUUUAAAAGCCAAAUAAUUUCUUUUGAUUCAAAAUGGGGUGAACAGUACAGUUUUUUACACUUAUUUUCUAAUAAUCAAAAAAAAAUCCUCUUUCCUCACUUUACUUGUCUAAUGUACACGGGUUCUUAAAUAAAAAAAAACAGGAAUGGUAAAUAUGCAAGAAUCAUUGUCACUUUUAAAAAAGCUUUAACCUUCGUUUAGGAGCUUUGUAAAUUGUUGCAUCUAUGGUAACCCAAUUUGAGCUCUUGUUCGCUAACCUGGGUAGUGCAUUGUUCAUUCAUAAUAGUUGCAGUUGUGAAAUUUUCAACCAUUCAUCAUUCAAAAGCUUACAUUUUCUAAACAAUAUUUACAAUCAAAAAGUAUGGGAUGAAUACAGUUUAUUUAAGAAUGAAGAAAUAUUGUUAUUUAUUAUUUUGGAUCAAAAAUUGUAUUCAAAUUAAAAUACAUUUCUGCAGGCACAGAAAAAUGUUAGAAAAAAUGUAAAUUUUUUACUUAUGUCAAUAAUAUUACAUGAGUUAUUGGUUAUAGCACAAAUUUGGUUAUUUGUAAGUAAAAGUGGUUAUAAUACAAACUUUUAAA